UUGUAAUAAAACAUGGAUUUACCAUGCUGCUUUACAAAAUAUGAAGGCUAUGUAAAGUUUAAUUUUUUCUGCAAACACACACAGACACACACUCGCGGGCGCGCGCACACACACACACACACACACACACAGCGUUGUGUGAAUGUCGCCGUGUUUCUUUCAAGUCAUUCUACAUCAAUACACGCGUUUCUCCGCCGCUCGUUUUUCGCAAAAUCUGCCAGAUUUUCCUUCGUGACGCCGAUAAACAGCCGCACUUCGGGUUUCAACUGUGUUUACUGACAAAUCGCGCCACACUGGAACUAUGAGCUUCAGCGGUCGGCGGGAGAUAGAGCGACGGUUGCCCGGCUCAGGCGAGCCCUCCCGGGUGUGAGAGUCAAAUCGAGGCCGCUGUCGCUGCGGCCUAGUGCGGAAGGUUUAAUGUUUCACUCUACAACACAGAAGAGCGCUCCGUCUCCAUCAGGAACAGCAAUGGCUUCUUGUGAUGACAGAUUGACGUUGAUUGACAGAUGAUGCUGGCGGUAACGUUACCUGUGCAGGUGAGCGAGGCCCUCAGCAUCACGGCAGGAGAAUGAAGCUUCAUUCGGACUCGUGCGAGAACGCACACGCGUGUGAAUCCGCGUCACACACCUCCCCGGACAUGAACCCGAACCUCCGUUUGACCUUGGCCUCCUGCAACGGUUCGACUGACCAAUCAGGGCUUGAGAAUCUCACGGCACACUGUGAUGAAACCCCAGCGGACGACGAGGACGAUCUCACACCCGAGAUCCAGCAGGCCCACAGAAUAUUUCAGAGCUUCCUCUCAGAGAAGCAUAAGUCCGUCACGGCCCCGUUCUGGCGUCCCAUGGGCCCCGGGGACCACGCCGAGAUGUGCUUCAGAAAGAUGGAUGAUAAGUUUGUGAAUCGCGAGUAUGAGUCCAUCACGGCGUUCGUGGCAGAUUUUAGACUGAUGCUAGAGAACUGUUACCGCUUUCAUGGCGUCGAUCACUGGAUCUCCAAACAGGCCCAGAAACUGGAGAUCAUUCUAGAGCAAAAGCUGACCUUGUUGUCCAGGACGCUGCGGGAGAAAACCACGCUGGCCGUGACCUCCAGAGGCCGGUUCGGGACGGAGGAUGAGAAAGCGGCGGUCAGCUCGUCGUCCAGGCGGCGGUCAGUGCCGCGGAGUUUGGCCAGCAGCGAGUCCAUCAUGGUGCAGGCGCUGAGACUGGAGGAGCUGCAGCGAGCCAAAGAGGAGAAGAGGCAGCGAGAGCAGGAGCGUAAGGAGGCCGAGGAGGCUUCGGUGAAGGAGCUGGAGGAGUGGGAGAGCUCCUUGCUGUCUCUGGCCGAGCCGUGUCCGCUCUGGAGUCUGUGGGAACUUCCUGCCAUCGGCCACUUCCUGUGCCUGGCUCAGACGGCGCUCCACCUCCCCGAGAUCGUCUUCUACGAGCUGGAGCGCUGUCUGCUGAUGCCGCGCUGUAGCUCGUUCCUGGCUAAGAUCAUGACGGCGCUCCUCUGUCACCCGCAGAAGAGAUCCGGCGUCCAGCGCCGGCCGCCGAUGCCCUACAGAGAGUGGGAGGGCCAGCUGCGCCGCUGCGUCCAGAGCUGGUACAGAGCGGUCGGCUGUGCCGAGGAGCCACGCCAGGCGGCGCGCGCGGAGCGCCUCGGGCUCUGCCGGCAGUUCUUCUGGACGCUGGGAGCGGUCAGUCCUCUGGAGGAGACGGCCUUCCACCUGCUGCCCCUCCAGCAGCGCGUCUGGCUCCUCAAGGGCCUCUGCGAUCACGUCUACGAGACACAGAAGGAGGUGCAGGACGCUGUGCUCGCGCAGCCCAUCCACGAGUGCCGCGAGUCCAUCCUGGGCUACGACGGUCAGGACAACGCUUACAUUCACUUCCCACACUUCUGCGGCGCUGACCUGCGGAUCUACAGCCAGAGCCCCUGCGGAGCGGUCGAGCUCCCGCUGCCGCUGGUCCAGGUCACGAGAUCCCAGGAACCGGAGGGGUCAGAGGUCAAGGAUGACACAUAUGAAGUAAAGGUGGAGGAGGAAAGCUCCAGCAGGACGGAGCCGAACACAUGGGACGUGAAAGAAGAUUCGCUCGCUGACGAGGAGGAUCUGGAUCAGAAAUGCUCCUCCGGCGUCCCUCGUGGUGCAGAGAAGAUUCCCUGGACUCUGUAAGUCCGAGGAAAGUUGACGGAGGACCGACGGCUCAAAGACGAGGAAGAUGAGGAGUCGGACUGCGAGCCGUGUUUCAGAGUCGGAGACAGCUGCUAUAAAGGCGUCUCGCCGGCUCUGAACACUCACAGAAGUUCUAGAAACGAUGUGAAUCACUUGAGCGCCGAGGAACGAACCUUGUGCGAAUUGUUCUGCAGCGACGCAGGAAUCUCCGAGUCUCUGGACCGGAAACAUACGCCUGCGACGGGACAAAUCCGGACCGACACGAGCCCAGAAGAAGAAGAAGAAGAGAGCAAGUUCGGCGUGAAGAAAACGAAGACGAGGAAACUGAGCUUGAAGAACCGAACGGCCAGAAGCAGCCUGCAGAGAGCCGCCAAAAACAUCAAGGAGAAAGACAAGAGGAAGAGACACAAACUGGGAAAGAGGUUUGAUGGGAAGGCGAUGUUAGCGAGGAGACCAUCAGGAUCUGCUCCGAAGCCAGCUGAACCCACCUUUCAGUUGGUUUGCUCCAGUCUGGAUGAUCUCAGAGUCCUGAUCAGUAAAAUAGAAGAUCAACUAGAUGAACUGGAUGGCAAAAAGAGAUCUGGACGAUGGCCACACAAAAGAGCCGCCGUGAAAGAGUUGCACAUCACACUUAUAAGGCUGCUUAAUGAGCUGUUACCAUGGGAACCCAAACUCGUCAAGGCCUUCCAGAGGAACAGAGCUCGCUUGAAAAAGGAGUGUGACGAAUUCAAAAAACACCCCGAAUAUGAGAACUUUAUCAGGGAACAGAUGGAUACAGACGAUACUGGGGAAGUUGCUUGCAAAGAUGGAUUGUUGUCUGCAGAGACAACAAACAAACUGGAAGAGAGUGAAGUCAAAAUGGGCAAAACAAUGAAGGAAGAUUCUGAGACAACAGAGAAUGUAAAUCACGAAUCAAGAUGCCUAGUUAACAGACCUGAUGUUGUCAUGCAUUCGUCAGAAUCUGGACCCUUCACACGCAGUUCAAAGCGGCGCCAAACUGGUGCAAUCAGUGAGGAACUGAAUCCAUGCAAGAGAGGCAAAAUGGACCCAGAGAGCUCUUUAACAUCUGAUUUUAAUGUGGAAGUUGCAUCCAGGGAACAAGCAACAGUGAACCCACAAGCUUCAGUGUUGCCAGAGACUAUGAGUAGCUUUCAGGGGACUUGCAAACCCAUCCAGGCUUUGCUGGCUAAAAGUGUUGGAAACAAAGUGACCUUAAUAAGUCACCCGAAGGCUGCAGUGAUGGCUCAGGCUCUGCGGGAUAAUAACAAAACAGCAUCGCCACCUGUCCGAUUAUCAACUGCCUGUGCAUCUACGCAACACUCUGAACCUGUCUUUACAGAAACAAUAACUACGACAUCUGCAACCGAAAGCACUGGACAGGUGGUGUAUAAGACGGCAGGAGGUGUGGGGCUUCUCAGGCAAGGAAGCACUUCUGUAAACUUUUCAGUGCAAUCAAUAUCGGAUCAAAAAUCAGGGGCGAAGGCGAUGCAACAAGUAGUUAUCCUGCCUUCAAAUCUACUGAUUCAAAGCACUGAGAAUAAAACCUCUGUAUCUGUCCCUAAGACUACAACAUACGUGUCCAAUGUUUCAGGGUUCACUAUACCAGAAAACAAGGUUCCUGUCCAGCCAGUGGCACCUUUGAAAGAUACCAGCAUUGUAAGAACACCGUCUGCUGUAGUUAUUCCCAGUUUAAGGAACUUAACGACUGUUGGUGUGCCUAAAAAGACUACUGAACCAAAGGUGGCCCUGAACAAAUCAGCAAGCAGUGGUCUGACCAAAUCUGAUGCUAAACAGGAGCUCAGGACAGUGUGUAUUAGAGACUCUCAGUCUAUUCUUGUCACUACGAGAGGAGGCAACACAGGAGUGGUGAAGGUUCAGACGUCGGAAAGUGGAACAGGGGCUUUGCCACCCAGCCCGGUUUUUAACAUUUCGCCCCAACUUCAUGCCUUUCUGGUGUCAAAGUCUUCCACGUCUUAUACGCAAGCUGUUUCAGCCACCCUUGCUGCUAAAUCUCUACCUGGAGUCACUCCUCAGUCUACUUUUGUGGCAGGGACUGUCACUCCUUUAACCUUUAAUCAGUUUUCCAAUAACGGCACUACAGGCAAAACAACAAUCUCUGGUAAAUCCACACUCCUUGCUACAAGCAAAGGCAGUGAUAGUGUCCUUAGAAAUGUGAAAGAUGGCGCUCAGCAGAAUACGGUCUCUAAAUGUGGAAUGAAGCCGCCACAAAAAAGGGCUCAAACUGGAAGCACAACUCCAGAUCAAUCUACUCUCCAAAAGGUUUUUCUGGUCACACCUUCACCAAAUAUCCCUUCAAAGGUCACCACUACUACAGCAACCUGUACCGUGCCAGGAUCUCGGGUCAUGUUCAUAAGCAACUCAGCACUUACCAUUCCAAAAGAGACUUCGACUUCAGAGGUUAACAUUUCCUCUACUAGUACACCAGCGUUGAAGGUCAUUCCCAACUUGGGGGCAACCUUAUCCUGCACUUCUUCUGGUACAAGCAUCCAGAGCAUCGGUGUCCCAGGGUUAACAUCAAGAAUACUUGGCACAAACAAAAAACCUGAAGCCUCAACGAAAAAUACACCUGUGAUCGUCUCCAGAGUACCUGCGACCUCAACCACAAGUGGACUCCAAAUUAGUCCAAAAAGCUGUUUGGUUGCAAGCAGAAGUCUGUCAGGGAAUACCGAAAAUGCUUCGAAAGUAUCUCGGACUGUUAAUGGUAAAACGCUCACGUUUUCAACUCUAGGCACCGGCCACAUGGCUUCCUCUGCACUUUUGUCAGUUGUGAAACCAGAUGUACCAGUUUCAGCGUUAAAUGCUCUUCACUGUAAACCAGGAUUAUCGGCUGGCAGCUCUAUUUCAAAUACGUCUUCCUCUUAUUCUGGAAGCCUAAUUACCAAACACACUACUUUACCAAUUAAUGUGACUGCUAACAAGCCAGUGAUCGCAUCCCUUUGCACUUCACACUCACUGAUUAAAACAACAGCAAAUACUUCCGCUUCUGCAGUAUCCAGUACUUUUGCAUUGAGUUGCAGCUCCACUUUAACUCCUCCGGUGGUCAUGACCUCUGGGGUCCGACCUCUGAUCUCUACCACCAAGAGUGUUCAGGAGAAAAUCGUGAUCAACACCACUGCCCCACUUGCCCCUGGAACUCAGCUCCUGAUCAAUAACACAAGAUUUGUUGUACCUUCUCAAGGCCUUGCACCUGGCAGCCAUGUUCUGCUUAUCUCCAACUCUUGUCCUGGAGGAAUGCAAGGGUCAAGUCUUGGUGGUUCUCAAAGAUUUCAAGGGCCAAGUCCUGCUGGUCCUCAAAAUUUGCUAGGAUCAAAUCCUGUUGGUUCUCAAAGAUUGCAAGGUCCAAGUUCUGCUAGUCCUGGAGGAUUGCAAGCGCCAAGUCCUGCUGGUCCUCAAAGAUUGCUAGGGCCAAGUCUUGCUGGUCCUCGAGGAUUGCAAGGGCCAAGUCUUGCCAGUCCUGGAGGAUUGCAAGGGCCGAGUCCUGUUUGUCCUCAAAGAUUGCAAGGACCAAGUCUUGCUGGUCCUCGAGGACUGCAAGGGCCAAGUCUUGCUUCCACUGUUUCUAGAGGUCCAAACACUUCAGCUACUCACACGGUUCCUUCAGUUGCACAAGGUGUGAGAUUGGUAACACCGGUCAGGCUACCCUUAGCAAAAGUUGGACCUUCUGAUCAACUCCAUCAGCAACUGAGCACCAGAACUCCAUUGAAUGUGUCUGGUCCUACUGCUCUCUCACAAGUAGCACAAGCUCGUCGUCCUGGUGUAUCUUCAGACAUUGUGAGACUUCCUAUUUUUCAAACCUCCAAUGUCUCAGUUACAGCAUCACAAGGUACGACCGGGUGUCCCAAAGAAACCGCUCUUUCCCAAGGAGGUUUACUAAGCACAACUUCUCCAGUGCUCUUGCAAGGAAGACCAUCCCAAACCCAAGUGGCACCGUUUGUACCACCAGCAAAAACUGCAAUUCCAAGGCAUUCGCCGAUGGUAACAGUACCACCCAUGAGCAGCACGAUAUCACGGAUGCAGAAACUUCCAGUUGCAACGGUUCCGCCAAUCAGUGGUGCAAACAAUGCCAGUCCAGCCACUCCCAUUGCAACCGUUCCUCCAUCCAUGAGCAAGGUCAUAAUGGCAACUUAUCCACCUAUCAGAGCCGUGCAACCUGGGACACUCGGAAAGCCUGUUAUUUUACCCCAGCAAUCACAAGGUCAAAGCACGGUUCCUGUGCAAGUUUCUACUCCUGCUAAACUCUUGUUGAGCCCAGAUGGUGCCAUCUUAAAUAUCAUUCAAGCCUCAGCCGCAAGCUUGCAAGUAUUGGCAAAGCCAAUGGCCACUCAAGUGGUCAGUUCCUCCUCAAGUAGCGUUACUUUACCUAUUUUAAACACAAGUGAUCCACUGAGAAAAGCAGAUACCUUGGGGAGACCCAAUCACUGA